AUGGGUACCCUCGAGGGACACUUGCUGCCGGGGAUAUGCCUCCUCUUCUUUUCUCUCCACUACUCAGUGAUGGUGUCCUUGGCCCUGCUACGGGGACAGAAGUUUCUCAAACCCCCUCUGACCCCAAAGGAGAAGCGAGGACACAGGUGGUGGCAGCUGGUACCUGUGGAAGGGAUGAUGAAGGUGGCCAUCUCCCUGACUGGCAUCAUAACCGAGUUCUUCUACCCCCCAGGAGUAAACCGGAUGAUGAUGGUAGACUGGGAGGACCCUCGGCGGCCAUUUGUGUUCUAUGACAACUGGUAUCACGUCACCAUGUAUGGGUUUUUCACACUCAGUGGCGUUGUGGACAUCGUGAGCCGGGCGUGUCAGGCGCAGCAGAACGUGAAGCUGGAGCGAGCAGCUGAGGCCCUGGCCUUCUGUGUGCUGGUCCUGCUGAUGGCAUGUCACCUGGAGAACAAGGGCACCCUGGAGGUCCGCAUGCACCUGCUGUUCGUGGCGCCCACCUUCCUGGUUACCCUGGUAAUCACCAUCGAAGUCUGGGUCCCUGACCAACCCACGCUCUGGGUGCUAAAGACCUGGAUGGGGCUGGUGCUCAGCACAUGGAUGCUGCAGCUGUGUGUGCUGAUGUACGUUCCUCCCUCCGGGCAGCCCUGGAGGGCAGAAAAUCCUGGCGACCUCGCCUUCCUCCUCAUCUUCUUCUGCUGGCACCUGGGCUUCGGGGCUAUCGUGCUGGCCGCUGUCUAUGGCCUCUGCAGCCUCUGGCACCAUCGCAUCUCCUCUUGGAGGGAAGUCCCACGUGCCAAGUACCAGCUGUGUCCCAGAAGCCACAGUAGCGAAGAGCUGGAGAAGCUCGGGACAGAGGCCAUGCUGCAGGAUGGGGACGUCUAG